UGAGAAGCGCAACGAGUCAGCAGCUAGAACCGGAGCAUCGUAGUUUAGUGUCCGUAAUUCUUCUUCGUUGCCGCGUAUUUUUUUUUCACUCGUCCGGGCUAUAUAAUCGGUCGUCGUAUAAUUAUCAUUUUUUCAUUUCAAUUUUUCCCUUCGUUUUUCUUUUUAAUUUUCAGUACCUAUAAUUUUUUUUGAAAGAAAAAUAAUUUUUCAUUCGAUCGCGUACUGCUCGUUAAAUUUUUUCAAAUUCGACCCCAAAUUUUGCUGACGCGGGUGACGAUAUGCGAACGAUAUUAUAAUUACGUGACGUGUGCCGCCGUCUGAUUUAUCAUAUAAUAUAAUAAUUCGUACGAUAAUUAAUAAUGGUUCUUAAUUGAUAAAUAUUUUCAUUUCGUUGAUCGAAUUGUUCGCUUUUUCUUCAUAACCUGAUAAUUUCUCGAUCACAUGUUGAAUUCGGUUAACGUUGCAAACUCAUCAUCAUCAUCAUCAGUGCACUACCGGCUUCGACCACUCCACCGCUAACUCACCAUCUUCAGCAUCAUCUCUACUCAACCAUCAGUCCGAAACCCAUCCACCAUUGUGGAAGAAAAAGAGACAAACGCUAUCCGGGGGCCUUGGUGUUCAUCACCAGUGGCCUCUUUGGAACACCGCUGGCUCUAUCCUUAUCAGCAAUCCACCCAGCAGCACAUCUACCACCCUCGCAAGACUCAUCGCAAGAACAACCGUCACUUGGUCAAUCGAAGACACCACAAUAACAACAACGAGUCACCCCCUGAUAAGAAAACCAUGCCAAUGCUGCUGCAUCCACCUCCUAAUCUAACCUCCAGGACUCAACACGAGCCAGACUCGCCUCAGCCUUUGGAUUUCUCCGUUUCGGGAGUUUCCAGGUAUAAUGGGCACGUGGAUUCGAUCAGGAUCACCACCAGUGGCCCCGGAGGUGGCGUUGGAGUCGGAGUCAACAACAGUGGUCAAUUGCAAACCGAUACAGAUAACUGUAGCGAUCCGGAAUAUGGCACUAGGACGACUAGCAACAGUAGCUCGGCUGCUUCGGCCAUUUCGGACGAGGGUAGCUUGGUACAUUCGCCUGGAUCGCCGGAUCAUAAUGAAAACAAUGAAAAAAUCCCCGAUGUGUGGCGCGAGGGUGAUUUACUAUCGUGGCGCAAGGCGACAAAAGAGAAUGCUUUUCAGGCUACCGAACUGCAGGCGAUAAUGGAUCAUCAAAGACUGCAACGACUUAUACAGGCUGCGGCCGCGACCAGAAAUACACCAGUCCAGACCAUAGACGGUAAAUUGAACUGUCGAUUUCUCGCCACCCCCGAUAGCCCGUUCAAGAACGAGAAAAUUAUCGAAGAAGAGGAAGAAAAAUCCGCUAAUAAGCCUUCCUCGUCGCCGCCAUUUCCGUUCGCUCGUAUACGAAGAAUGGACGAUAGACGUAUCGUUCAUCAUCACGUACAAGAUAGUAAAAAUAAUACCAGCGCGAAGAAUAUCAUCAAGUCGGCCCGAACCGAAGAUAAAUUUACCGCUAUCGACGAUUUCGACGAUAAUUCCAUCGACGAGGAACGACUCGCCGCAGUCAACGCUAGGCUAAGGUUUCCAGCUAAUACAGAAGAACAGAAUCGAGGCAAAGUGAAAAGAAAAUCACCAUCGCCAUUACGAAACAAUACUAUUAACGAAGCUAGUGAAGACAGCAACGAUAGUUCAGUUAAUAGUGAUGAUGUAAACGAUUCCAUUGAUUCCGCUGAUACCGAAGCCAUAAAUUUGGUAUCAGGAUCUCAGAGACACUCGAAUUCGCCCAGUUCAACUAAUCAAGUAACAUCUAGUAAUGGUUGCGGCACUCACCCACCACCUUCUCCUAAUAACUUGCAAGCAGCUUUAGCAGCCAUUCAACAAACUGGUCAUUUAAAUCAGUUAAUGAUGGGAGCUCAAGCUCAAGGCCAACAGCAACUUCUGUUACAAAAUCAGCUAGCUGGGUUGCCUAUACCAAAUUUAUCAUCCCUCGGGCCCCAAGAGUUGCAAGUUUUACAACACGCUUUCCAACAACAGCUGCAGCAAUUUGUUUUAUUUCAACAAUCGGCUGCUGCCGCUUCGCCUACUACCCCUUCGCAAUUAUCUCAACCUUCGUUUUAUUUACAAAAUCAGGGUUUGCUUUCGAGUAAUUCUGGAUACAUUCACCGUAAUACUGUUUCUCCGCAUGCGAAUUCUAACACCUCAACGCCGCAUUCUAUACAAGUUCAACAAGCAGUAGCUCAAGCAGCUCAACAGUUGCAACAGUUACAAAAACAGCAGCAACAGCAACAGUCGCAGUGCCAACAAUAUCAGCAUAACAGCAAUAGUUCGACACCGUCCAGUACUAAUAAUAAUAGCGUGUCUAGUAAUAAUGGAAAUAACAAUAGUACCAACAAUAGCAGUAGUAAUAAUAAUAAUAGCAGUAGCAACACAGUGGCUUCCAGUUUACAUCAUAUCAGACCUUCGGUAGCAUCACAGCGUCUUUUAGAUUUAGACGAAACAACUGAUCUCGAAGAAUUAGAACAAUUUGCUAAAACUUUUAAGCAAAGGCGUAUCAAAUUAGGCUUUACUCAAGGAGACGUCGGUCUCGCGAUGGGAAAAUUAUACGGAAAUGAUUUCUCUCAGACUACCAUAUCAAGAUUCGAAGCGUUAAAUUUAUCGUUUAAAAAUAUGUGCAAACUGAAACCGCUGCUGCAAAAGUGGCUCUCAGACGCCGAUAGUACCAUGAGCAAUCCUAGCUCGUUAAGUAAUCCGCUAACUACACCGGAGACUAUUGGAAGACGAAGAAAAAAACGCACUUCAAUAGAAACAACGGUCCGAGGUUCCUUAGAAAAAGCUUUCCUAAUUAAUCCUAAGCCCACAUCCGAAGAAAUAGCAAUCCUAGCUGAAAAUCUAACCAUGGAAAAAGAAGUGGUUCGGGUUUGGUUUUGUAAUAGGCGACAGAAAGAAAAAAGGAUUAAUCCACCUUCAGUCACGAUGGGUAGUCCGACUCCUAAUCAUUUAUUUUCUUCGGCUACUAGCAUAGUAGCUAACUCGAUGCCUAGUCCUUUGGCUUUAGUUACGUCUAAUAACCAUUCUUAUUCACAUCAUCAUCACCAUCAUCACCACCAUAAUCCAGAUCGACAAUUUCGUGAUUCACCCGAAUAAAUUAUUAACGUUACAUUUAUAACGAUUUAUGUACGUUAACGUUGUUUUAAUAGAAUUGUCGCCUAGAUGAUUUUCUUAUAAGUAGAACAAUUAUAAGCAACAUAUUUGUAAAUGUAAUCUGAUCUCAUAAUCGUCUAAGAUGGAAUUUCUGUACGCGAAAAAGCAAAAUUUUGAAAAAAAAAAAACAAAAAACAAUCAAUUUUAUUAUACGAAUCUAUUUUUCAAUACAAAAAUUUCUGCAACUUUUAUACUACAAUAGUACAUUGAAAUUUGAAAAAAAAUAAGAUGUACUUUUCCUUUUUUAAUAUUAGAAUUUUUAUUUCUUACUAUUUUUUUUUUUUUUUUUAAAUAAAAUUCUGUUAAUACUGCCAAAUACUGGUAUUAGUGAACUUUUCAAGUAUACGUAAUUUUCAACAUAAUGGGUGGAACAUUUUAAUCAAAUUUAUAUUUAUCAUUAGUAACUGUAACUAUUAUGUUAGAAAUUUCUAUUAUCAUUAUUAUAAUUUUAUGAAAAAGUAGAAGUAGAAUUGUAUUUAGUAGAUUUAAAAAGAAAAAAUUCUAUCAUUCGACACUCUUCAGAUAUUCAUUGUAUUUUUGUUUUUGUAAAUAAUCCGUUUUUAGUUUAUUAAUCAGUUUUUUUUUCUUUUUUGUACAAUGUUGCUAUGUUUAUGUGUGUGUUAUACAUAAACGACGUUAUUUUCUUUCCUUAUGUUGAAUUGGUUUUUUCUUUAUUUUCUUUUUUUUGUUUGAAUAUUUUAUUUAUUGAUUUUUUUUCUCCUUUUUUUGUUUUUGCAUUAUUAUUUUUUUUAUUAUGUAUAUAUUAUACGAAUUGAUGGAGUACCUAUAACGUGUAUAAGAAAGAUGAGUAAUUCGUCAACACUGAAAGAAUUUUAUCAAAUGAUUUUGUUAAAAAGUUUCAAUAAAGAUAUACGUCCUUA